AUGCGGCCACUACGCAAGCGGAGGCAGCCGCCUCGCCUCCCGCGCGCCCCGGGCCAGUGCGCCGACGGAGGCCGAGGCGGAGGCGCGCGCGGCGAGGCUCCCGGAGGAGGAAUCCGAGGCCUGGGGCGGCGUGCAUGCGGCGCCCAGUCCCACGAAGUCGCUUCAAGUCCCACGAAGUCGCUUCAAGGCCCACGGAGUCCCUCAAAGUCGCUCAAGCUCGCUUCAAGUCCCACGGAGUCGCUUCAAGUCCCACGAAGUCGCUUCAAGCCCCACGAAGUCGCUUCAAGGUCCCACGGAGUCCCUCAAAGUCGCUCAAGCUCGCUUCAAGUCCCACGAAGUCGCUUCAAGUCCCACGGAAGUCGCUUCAAGUCCCACGGAAGUCCCUCAAAGCCUCGAAGUCGCUUCAAGGCCACGAGUCGCUUCAAGUCCCACGAGUCGCUUCAAGUCCAACGGAGUCCCUUCAAAGUCCUCAAGCUCGCUUCAAGUCCACGAAGUCGCUUCAAGUCCACGAAGUCGCUUCAAGCCACGGAGUCGCUUCAAGCCCACGAUGGUCGCUUCAAGUCCCACGACGGCGCUUCAAGUCCACGGAGUCCUUCAAGUCCCACGAAGUCGCUUCAAGUCCCACGAAGUCGCUUCAAGGCCCACGGAGUCGCUUCAAGUCCACGAGUCGCUUCAAGUCCCACGAGUCCUUCAAAGGCUCACUCGCUUCAAGUCCCACGAGUCGCUUCAAGCCCACGGAGUCGCUUAAAGGGUCCCACGGAGUCGCUUCAAGGCCCACGAAGUCCUCAAGGCAUGAAGCUCGCUUCAAGUCCCACGGAAGUCGCUUCAAGUCCCACGAAGUCGCUUCAAGUCCCACGGAGUCCUCUCAAGGUCCUGGUAGUCGCUUCAAGUCCCACGACGUCGCUUAAAGGGUCCCAAAGUCGCUUAAAGGGCCCACGGAGUCGCUUCAAGUCCCACGACGUCGCUUCAAUCCCACGAUGUCGCUUCAAGUCCCACGAAGACGCUUCAAGUCCCACGGAGUCGCUUCAAGGCCCACGGAGUCGCUUCAAGUCCCACGAAGUCGCUUCAAGUCCCACGGAGUCGCUUCAAGUCCCACGGAGUCGCUUCAAGUCCCACGAAGUCGCUUCAAGUCCCACGAAGUCGCUUCAAGGCCCACGGAGUCGCUUCAAGUCCCACGGAGUCCCUCAAAGUCGCUCAAGCUCGCUUCAAGUCCCACGACGUCGCUUCAAGGCCCACGAAGUCGCUUCAAGUCCCACGAAGUCGCUUCAAGUCCCACGAAGUCGCUUCAAGUCCCACGAAGUCGCUUCAAGUCCCACGAAGUCGCUUCAAGUCCCACGAAGUCGCUUCAAGGCCCACGGAGUCGCUUCAAGUCCCACGGAGUCCCUCAAAGUCGCUCAAGCUCGCUUCAAGUCCCACGACGUCGCUUCAAGGCCCACGAAGUCGCUUCAAGUCCCACGAAGUCGCUUCAAGUCCCACGAAGUCGCUUCAAGUCCCACGAAGUCGCUUCAAGUCCCACGAAGUCGCUUCAAGUCCCACGGAGUCGCUUCAAGGCCCACGGAGUCGCUUCAAGGCCCACGAAGUCGCUUCAAGGCCCACGAAGUCGCUUCAAGUCCCACGGAGUCGCUUCAAGUCCCACGAAGUCGCUUCAAGUCCCACCGAGUCGCUUCAAGGCCCACGGAGUCGCUUCAAGGCCCACGAAGUCGCUUCAAGGCCCACGGAGUCGCUUCAAGUCCCACGGAGUCGCUUCAAGUCCCACGAAGUCGCUUCAAGGCCCACGGAGUCGCUUCAAGGCCCACGGAGUCGCUUCAAGGCCCUCGGAGUCGCUUCAAGGCCCACGGAGUCGCUUCAAGGCCCACGGAGUCGCUUCAAGUCCCACGGAGUCCCUCAAAGUCGCUCAAGCUCGCUUCAAGGUCCACGAAGUCACUUCAAGUCCCACUGAGUCGCUUCAUGUCCCACGAAGUCGCUUCAAGUCCCACGGAGUCGCUUCAAAUCCCACGAAGUCCCUCAAAAUCGCUCAAGGUCGCUCCAAGUCCUAAGGAGUCCCACGAAGUCGCUUCAAGACCCACGGAGUCCCACGAUGUCGCUUCAAGCCCCACGAAGUCCCACGAGAGGCGACGGGCGGCGAGCAGGAGCUUAAGGAGUCGCUGCCUCCCGCUCGCCUGA